UACAAGGCGAGCAGUACGAUCAAGCAGUUGGACUUGCUGAGAAGUACUGUGACUUCCGCACGCUGGUAGAAGUCUGCGAUCGUACCGACAACCAAGAAAGACUGAGCCAGUACAUGACACAGUUUGGCUCUGAGGGUUUCUCGGACUUUGUGUUCCGUUGGUACUUGGAGACAGGUAAACGAGGUCGCUUGCUGAGCCAUGGUGACCAAGGGGGCCUUUCUCGCUUCUUGCAAGACUACACUUCCCUCGCUUGGUUGCACCAAAUCCAAACCAGAGAUUUUUCAUCAGCCUCUACCACUUUACGUCAGCUUGGCUUGGAUGAGAUGACUUACCUUAGCAGAAAAAAGACAUUGUUAAGCCUUAGUAAAUUAUGCAACCUGGCUGCUAGUGUGCCAGGCAGCGCAGAUACAAGUGUGAUGGAGGAUGACACUAUGACCUUAGAAGAGGAACUCAUUCUGUACCAGGAGCAGUUGCCUGAACCGGUCCUCAAUGCGCACUCCCUUGAGGCUGAUACCAUGAAGGUCCUUUCACCUACUGAGCUUGUUCAUCUCUAUACUGGAGAUGAAAACACCUAUGCCAAUGAAUUCGACUUCAAGAAGGCCUUAGAUUUGCUUGCCUUUGUACCUGGAGAAGAAGUUCCUGAGUUGAAGAAAGACAUCUGGGUGCGUGCUGUGCUUCGCAACUCCUGGCAUCACAUGGACACAGACAAUCCACUAGAAGCAAUUAGUGACACGUUGCUUUUCAAGACUAUAGAGCUGGCAUUCACACAAGGGACUGACAUAAAGGAACUGCUACUUCCCGCUGAAGAAUUGCUGGAGUGUGAAGAACUGGGGGACCUCAAGGAAGAUGCCACAUUCAAGUUCCUGGUGAAUGCUGGCUAUGAGAAGAUCACUCAGCUGGUUGGGUAGAUUUAUUUGCAAGAAAAGGGAACAACAGGAAGGAACCUCAAGUAAUUGAAGUGGUCAUGAACUUUGGAACUGUGAUAAGUCUAGUAAAGGAUAAGUGAUAGAGCUUGUUCUAGUGGCAUUUCUCUUCUUGUGUCGGCCUGGUUAGAGAGAACAUGUUUACCUAGUGUUAUUUAAGAUGUGAUUGUUGGCUUUAUAUACAAAGAAAAGAUUAAAGUCAGUGUUCAAGAAUUAUGUGAGUUCAGGUACUAGAAGCAUUUUGAAGUUUGUGCAUGAAAUAUAAGGUACUCCCUUUUUUAUAGUUUUAUGUACUGUUAGUUUGUUUUAUUUAAGAUACAUGGAAGUACUGAUGCAUUUUAUGGUCUGCUGUACCUGAGAUUUGAAAUAUUACUGCCACAUGUAGUGUAUUAUUUUUUUUUUACAAUAAUAAUUUCUAAAAUGUA